CUGUUAGCACAGAAAUCGAUUGGGGUGGUGCUGCACAAGUGGGGGCAAAGGUUCCUCUCCCUGAGCACAAAGAUGUGACUUUGCACCCAUGAGGGAAGGAGGGAGGAAAGGUUUGGAAGAAAGAAAGCAGCCAGAAGUUUGACCUUGGUCACUGCCACUUCCCAACUCUAUACUGGACCAUGACGACGUGGCAGAGGAUUUUUGCAGAGAAGGCUGCAAGCCUGAAAUUAAUGGAUCCAUGGACAUUUCAGGAGGAUAAUAGCCUGCAGGUGCAUAGCCUCAAGCCUGGCUGGACGGAGUUUUUGCAGAACCAUGUGUCUGGGAGGUUUCAGUGCUCCCAGUGCCUGUACAAGUGGUCCUCAGCCAAAGUGCACAUCCUCUUCCACAUGUGCUAUGGGAUGGUGCUGAUGCGAAUCUUCCGUCAAGCCUGCAGGCAGUGCCACGAGCCCCAGCUGGAGGAGCCCAUAUUCAGCCUGGAGAACAUAGAGCGUCUCCUGCACAACCUGGUGCUGAAGAUCCUCGAGGACUUCUACAACGUGCCCAUGCAGUCAGCCGACCUCCUGGAAGUGGUGGUGGACGGGUGCCAUGCAUCGGGGCCACAUGACAGGACCCACUGCGAGGGCUGCAGGCUCGGUGUCUGCAGCAGGUCGAGGGCAGCCAUGGAGCCCAGUGCUGGGAAGAACAAGGCGGGCGUGAGCAAAGCCCAGAAGACAAAGAUGGAUGUGGACAAGGCUCAAAAGACCAAGAAGGAAGUGGACAGGGCCUGGAAGAUCAAGAUAGAUGUGGAUGAGGCCUGGAAGACCGAAAUGGAUGCGGACAAGGCUCAGAAGACCAAGAUGGAUGUGGACAAGUUCUGGAAGACCAAGAUGGGUGUAGACAAGGCUCAGAAGACCAAGAUAGAUGUGGACAAGGCUCGGAAGACCAAGGUGCGCAUGCACAAGGCCUGGAAGCCCAUGGAAGAUAUGGACAAUGCUGCCUUGAUCACGAGUUCCCCGGAGCAAGUCACAGGUGGUGGCUUUCCCUGGAAACGCUGCUGCUGUGUGGGCUUAUCUGUUCUCUGUGUUUUGGCAGUGCUCAUCUUUGCCCUGCUUUAUUUCCUCUUGAAGUAGUGAGAGCUGGCAUUUGUGAAUACCGGGGUGCUGGCUGAGGAUGGUGGUAAUGGAGAGGGUGGAAAAUUGACUGGAUGGGUGCUCUGGCAUGGCGAGGCAUUCUCAGCAAACAGGUGACAGGCACCACCAUCAUGCCUAGGCACCUUGUCUCCAGCCCAGGGGAGCCCAGCAGGCCUGAUGGUUUCUUAUGGACAUGUUCUGCACGAGGAUGGCCCCCAGCUCCUCAUACAAAGGAUGGAGUGUACCUGCAGGAAUAAAGCAGCUCUUUAUCCUCAGCCCAAGAUGCAUCUGUGCUUUUUAACUUCUCUAAAGCCUUUUCUGAAUAUAUAUGACCAGAAUGGUUGGCAGUGAGGUGUUCCUUUGUCUGCUGACCAGUUGCUUUAUCUUCCUUUAUCUGUCUUGUGGGGGACACAUCCCCUCUUUCCUGGCUUGGCCUUUGUGAAUGGGGGUACGCAAAGCAGCUGAGGGUAUCUGGAGCUGGGGGUUUGAAGCAAACACACAGGGAGCCAUUAGCAUCCAUCCGACCCAUACCAGAGGUGGUGUCCCAUGUGUCAUCCACUAGAGACCUGGAGAUCAUCCCAGGUCUGAGCAAAGGGGAGGGUUGUGCCAUUGCUUUCUUCACUGCUGUGAGACUCCCCUGUCUUUUCAUACAUAUAACCGGUAGGAUAUUGGUUAAAUAUAU